CACCAGCCCUGAAGAGAUGAUUCUCCCAUUUUGCAGAUGGGAAUAUUAAGGCCCUCACCGGCCCGGCGCUCCAAAGUAGUGGACUCCCGUUUCCCUGGGAGUGGAAACGGGCCACACAGAGAUAGAGGCGGGAGCUGUUAAUUGAAGCUUUACACAGUGUCCAGGCAGUGCUCGUCUACGGCAGCCCCCUUGGGCAAAACGUUCUGGGAGACGUAAUACCCUAUGGGCAUCUCCGGGCCCAGGGAGGCAGCGCCACACCCUCCUUCAGGGGCGGUGGAGGAGCUGCUGAGCCGCGGCGCCGACCCCAACCUGCUGCUCGCGGAUGGCGCGGCAGCCGUGCACCUGGCGGCGAGAGCCCGCCACCCGCGCGGUCUGCGGUGUCUGGAAGCCCUGCUGAGCCGAGGCGGGGACGCCAACGCUCGUUCGGUCGAGGCACUGACGCCGCUGCACGUGGCUGCCGCCUGGGGCUGUCGCCGUGGCCUGGAGCUACUGCUGGGCCACGGAGCGGACCCCGCGCUGCGAGACCAGGACGGACUGUGGCCGCUCGACCUGGCAGAACAGCAGGGGCACCAGGAUUGCGCGGGACUCCUUCGGGAGUUCCAGACUCGGACCCAGAUCUCGACCCCCACCCGGACAGAGAGCCAGGAGCCUGAGCCUGAGCCCGAGGCUGACGGCCCAGACCCCUGGGGAAAGGGGUUGGACACCAGGUCCUCUGGACCUCCCAGUGUGACGCCGGGCUCCACAGCACUGGGCGGAAGUGAUGGCAGGGACAUGGGCCUGGAAGCCAGCCCCAGACUCCCCAGCCUUCUUGCCCACCCUGAGAUUGCUGACCAGGAUAGCGGCUUGGAGCAACCCACAGGACGAUGGGACUACAGCUCAGAUAGCUCCUUUGUCACUGCGAUUGAAGCUUCUGGAACUGAAGACCCAGCCCCACAUACCUCUUCCUGGGCUAGGUCACUACCCCAGACCAAGCAGGGACUCCUGCCUGGUAUUCGACCUUCCCAGAGGAUGCCCAGCUCUCCAGGUACCCCUCCACUGGUGCAUCGAACUGCCAGAGCAGACAGGGAGGCAGAACUAAAUACCCGUCUCCAGGCCCUAACUCUGACCUCUCCAGAUGCCUCCCCCUCCCUCAUAUCCCUCCCGGAUGGGAGCCCUGCCUCAAGCCCCCCUCGGGAAUCACCGCCAGGACUCCCCGACUCCUGCUUCCUAAAAGAUGGAGAGGUGUCCCUUGACAGUGAUGUGGCUGCCCUCUGGCUGAUGGAGGACGAGGGGAGCUCCACAGGUGACAGGGACCCCAUCCGCUCUUGCUGGUGCCCUUUGGUCCCUGCGGUGUCUGACCUGGAUUUGCUGCGAGGGCUCCGAGCACUUGGCGAGAGCCCCGGCCCCAUCACACCCUUCACUCGGCCGUACUACUUCCGGCGGCUUGAAGAAACCCGUGCUGCUGCUCCUGACUUUGCAGGGCGCAGCCCAGAGCUGGCCGAAGCCCUGCAGACAGGCUGUAUCCCAGAUGCCCAGGCAGACGAGGACGUACUGGCCCAGCAGUUUGAGCGUCCAGAUCCCAAGAGCAGGUGGCGGGAGGGGCUCACGAAGUCCAGUUUCACGUAUCUGCUAUUGGACCCCAGGGAGACUCAGGACCUGCCAGCUCGCGCCUUCUCACUGACCCCAGCUGAACGCCUUCGGAUCUUUGUCCGUGCCAUCUUCUAUGUGGGGAAAGGAAUGCGGGCCCGGCCAGAUGUCCACCUCUGGGAGGCCCUCAGGCUCCGUCGGCAGCCAGGAAAGCAGGCCUGCCCCAAAGUGCGCCAGAUCUUGGACAUUUGGGCCAGUGGCCGUGGUGUGGUCUCCCUGCAUUGCUUCCAACACGUGGUUGCUGUGGAGGCUUAUACUCGAGAGGCUUGUCUCGUGGCUGCUCUAGGGAUCCAGACACUGACGAACCAGAAACAAGGACACUGCUACGGAGUCGUGGCGGGCUGGCCAGCCACCCGGCGCCGCCGCUUGGGGGUACACCUGCUGCACCGCGCCCUCCUUGUCUUCUUGGCCGAGGGUGAGCGAGAGCUGCGGCCGCAGGACAUCCAGGCACGUGGCUGAGUCCCGGGGAGCUGGCCCCUAGCCUAGGUAGAGAUCAGGGUGUUUGAAUGUCUGCCCCGUGGUGACGGCAGCCACCCAUCUCCAGAAGGCUGCCAGGGGGUAAGGGGUGGCCGGGCAGCGACCUGUAUCUUCCCCUCCAGCUGAGGGAGGACUUUGUUACAGAUGGAACUUCUGGAGCUUCCCGUCAUGGGAGAACAAGUAGGGAACCCAAGGAUCUCUGGAACAUUCCAGGGCUUCAGAAGGUGCUAGUGCUUUGGCAGUUUGGUCCUGUCUUUGUGAUCCACUUUUAUCUCCCAGAAAUGGGGACUCACCUGUGGGAUGGGCUGGGGAAAUUGGCCAAGCUCAAGAGAGAUUUCUCUGCUUCCCAGCUAUGGGACCUCGGACCAAUAACGUGUCUCUCUGAGACUCCGUUUCCUUAGCUGUACAGUGGGGACAAUGACAAGUCCUACCUCAGGGGGUCAUGGUGGAGACCGGAGUAAACAAAGGCAGGAAAUACAGUGUGGGGCACAGAACCCUGCAGGUGGAAAAUCUCCCCGAAGGGAGGCGCCCUGACGCUGUUGAGGGGCCGACUGUGUGUGGCGAGCUGUGGGCAGAGCCCAGGAGGGCGACUGGGGUAUGGGCGAGCGAGCAGCUCUCUUCAGGAUAGCUGUGCUACUCGGGUCUCCCUUGCUUCUCUGAGACUGUUUCUUCCCGCUAUAAGAGGCAAUAAAUAACCGCGAUUUCCUGGGGAUGCUAUGCGA